AUGCCUCGCCCCCUCGGACUCACCCCCCUCCGCCUUCCCCCCUCCCUUCCGCUCUCCCUCGGACUCCUGUCCCUCAAAUCCCUUGAAUCUCUCCCCCUAGGGCUGCCCCCCCUUGGGCUCGCACUGCCGCUUCGGCCCCUCCUGCUGCCCGCUGCCCUCCCUCUGGGACUGGGACUGGGGCUUCUGGCUCCUCCUGUCCCUCCCAUUGUCCCUCCCACUGCCCCUCCCACUGCCCCUGCCACCAUCGUUCGGCCGGCUGCGGCUCAAGCUUCUGCCAGGGCGUCUGGCAGGGCUUCUGCUGCUGCCCUCACGUCUGCCCCUCCUUUCCAUGCCCCUCCUCUCGUCGUCCCUCGGCCUUCUCUCAUCCUCCCAUCCGUGCUCCCUGCCUCCGGCCGCACGCAUUGCAGCAGAGCGCCCUCUCUGGUUCCAGGACAAUGGGAAGAAUGA